AUGAACAUUUGGGAAGUGAUCCUGGCUUUCUUGAUUGUGGUACUCAUCCUUGUCUCACUGCUGUCCAACGUGCUGGUGCUGAUCUGCUUUCUGUACAGCGCAGAUAUCCGCAAGCAAGUCCCAGGAUUGUUUAUCCUCAACCUGACCUUCUGCAACUUGUUGAUGACUGUUUUGAACAUGCCCCUGACCCUGGCUGGGAUCAUUUACAAGAAGCCGCCUGGAGGAGACCAGCUCUGCCACAUCGUGGGUUUUUUAGAGACUUUCUUGACCACCAGCUCCAUGCUGAGCAUGGCAGCUCUAAGCAUAGACAGGUGGAUAGCGGUGGUGUUUCCUCUCAACUACCAUUCCAAGAUGCGUUACAAAGAUGCUGCUCUCAUACUGAGCUAUACAUGGUUGCAUUCAGUGUCUUUUCCUAUAGUGGCAACUUCUCUUUCUUGGGUGGGUUUCCAUCACCUUUAUGCCUCCUGCACCCUCUACAACAAGAAACUGGAGGACAGAACACAAUUUGUGGUUUUCACAGGGGUCUUUCAUUCUCUCAGCUUCCUCCUCUCCCUCGUAGUCUUGUGUUUCACAUAUCUAAAAGUGCUGAAGGUGGCACGCUUUCACUGUAAAAGGAUUGACGUGAUCACUAUGCAGACCCUCGUGCUGCUGGUGGACAUCCAUCCCAGGUAA